UGAACGGAUCAUACCAUUGUAGUCUGUGAAGGGUUUUCCCACGCUCUCCUUGCGCUUUUUCUGUUGGAUUCCAUGGGAGAAGAACCUGCAGGACCUCUCCCUACAAUGGAAUCAUUCAUUAUCGCUAUAGACUUUGGAACAGCAUACAGUGGCUAUGGGUUUAGUAUAACAUCCAGUCAAGAAGAGAUACAACCCCGUCUGAAAUAUUGGGUUGAAGAUGUUAGACAACGAACCCCAGACACUCCUACCUGUAUCCUGUUUGACGAACAACAACAGUUUGUCAGCUUUGGAUAUGAAGCCAGAAAAACCUGUUUACAUCAGAGCAGAGAUUCUAGAUUGUUUUUCUUUGACUUCUCUGAGAUUUCUCUGGAUGACAAAAAAUUCACCAGAGACCUGAAAAUUAAAGCAGCCAACGGAAGGGAAAUGAAGGCUCUGGAUGUUUUUGCAGAGGCUCUGAGAUUCCUGAAAGAUGAUGCUCUGACAUACAUUAGUGACACUGGAGGUAGAAGGUUAACAGCCUCUGAAUUCACCUGGGUGUUGACUGUUCCUGACAACUGGGAUGAUUCAGCUGAACAGUUCAUGAGAGAAGCAGCAACUCAGCUGCAGAUACAGACUGAUAAGAAGUAG